AAACAUAUGAGCAAUCUCCCCCAACAACAACAACGUGGUGUAAAAGAAUCCAGUUGGAGAAAUUUCGAUUCCUUAUAAGCAAAGCAAAGCGCUAAUCUUGGCCAAGUAGAAUUUCUUCAAAAUCUGCAUGGUAUUUUGCAUAAAUUAAAAGCAUGAAGGCAUGUCAUUGAAUAUAUGCUGUCACAGCGAUUGUUUUUAGUGGCAUGAUUUUACAAACAUCCCCAGCCUCGCUCUAUCCCCGGCAGCAUGAGCAUGGCACAAAGGAAACUUCGUGCACGACCGCAAACUUCUCUCGGGUUUGAAAGAGAUACCCCUGAUCUCACACGUUUCGUAACACAAGGUCAACGAAAAAUAAACUCCCGCCUUGAACGCAGAACGUUGAAAAACCGGACGGAAGAAACUAUUUUGAAGCCGUCUAUAAAAUCAGGGCCAGUGAAGUCACUUGCUGAAGCUUUAAAACCUUUCGAAAAACAUGAAAAGAGGUGGCAGAAACUAAGAUAUCCUUCUCCGGGUCUUGUUAAUGAAAAACCCGACAACAAGUCGUCCCCCAAAUGGACUGCAAAAGGAUCAGAUUCUAGAAGUCCCAGCAAGUAUGGCACGAAGAGAGCAUCCCAAUCUGCGAGAAAGCAGCGCGAACUCAAAGAUGAAAAUGCCAACGCUCCAUAUCAUCAGUAUGACAAACAGUUGAAUGCAACCAAGAGGCGUGUAGGAAAAGCGUGGUCUGCACCUGAUGGCUUUCAGAGAGGGAGACAUCCGCUCAUCAAAUCUCACUUGAGUGAAGAGUUCAUUGGAAACAAUGAAAAUUCAGGUAAUGUUAUGCAUAGAGGUAAGGAAGCUUUGGAAAUAGCAAAAUCACCAAACGGAGUUGCAGACAAAGAGAGUCUUUUGGGUGUCGAACCAUUGAAUUCUAUAUUAGAACAAGAUGAUGUUCAAAGGUAUUUAGACGAAGAUCAAGUACAGGAGAUGACAAAACUGCAAGAUUCUAUUUCACAUGUUUCGAUGGAUAAUUUGCAUUUGAGCGACGCUGAUGACGCUGAUCGGUUCGAUACAGAUUUAGAAGAAGAUUUCCCAGAACCCCCUCCCAAAGAAUACGAUCCUACAGAAAAGCGGACGUAUCUUGAAAGUUGCUUAAAUCAAGGCAUCGUACCAGUUAGUUACUUACUGAAAAGACUUGGGGAGCGAACUCUGAUAAUGAGGCACCACGGAUUAGGACCUCACGGGACACGGCCACUUGCAAAUGCGCUCUUGAAAAACACAUGCAUCGAGGAACUUGAUUUGACGGACAAUGACCUGCAAGCUGAUGGAGGGGUCUUGAUGGCGCUAACUCUCUAUGAAAACCUCUACAUCACAAACUUGGAUUUGUCAGAGAAUUUCCUAAAAGUGCUUGGUGGCAUUUCCAUUGCAAAAGUUCUUCUUACAAACACGUCACUUAGGAAACUUGUGCUCAAAGGAAAUCACUUCACUGACAAAGUUGCCAAAGCAUUUGCAGAAGCUUUAAAAGAGAAUCGCACUCUUUAUCACCUCGAUUUAAGUUAUAACGACUUUGGUGAGCUUGGAGGAUUGUACCUUGGAGCUGGUUUGGGUCUAAAUUACGGACUGCAUACUUUGAAUUUGUCAUGGAAUAGCAUUCGAAAUAAAGGUGCUGUUUCAAUGGCUGCAUCUUUAAAGACAAACGAGUCGCUAAAAGUUCUGAAUCUUUCUUGGAACGGUCUUGCAUUUGUUGGAGCUCUUGCAUUCACAAGAUACCUCAAAAUCAACGAGACCUUGGAAGAUCUAGACAUAAGCAACAACCGGAUUGGACCCAAAGGAGCACAGCGACUUGCCUUUGCUUUAAAAGUAAAUGCGAGUCUUCAAUGUUUCAGGAUCGGCCUCAAUCCCAUCGGUGACGAAGGUGUAAGAGCUAUUCUCAAUGCAACCAAGCAAAAUUCGUCUCUAAAGUUCCUUGGCUUAGAGGAUAUAACAGUGUCUCCGAAAGUGCAUGAUGAAAUCUUAAAGCUUGAAGACGAAAGGGACAUAGUCAUAAGAACUGGAGGAAAAACAGGGCACACUCAAGAAUCACCACCGCCUUCAGGCAUGGAGAUCCUGGUGCAGUUUAUUCAAGACAAUCGCCUACGGCUUAAAGAUCUAUUUUUCCAAUUUGAUAAAGACCACAGUGGCGAUAUUUCAAGAGAAGAAUUCAAAGCUGGUCUAAAAGAAACAGGAAUACAAAUGAACGAGAAACAACUGGAUACUCUAAUCGAAACUAUAGACAUUGACAAUAGCAAUACAAUUGAAUACAGUGAAAUUCUUUAUGGGAAGGAACUGAUAAUGCAGGAGAGACGAUUUCAAAAGAAAGUAGCCAUAAGAACGGAGGAAAGAGAGAAAGCAAGCAUAAGGCUGCCAAAGUUAAAAGGUUUUGAAGAUUAAUAUGUAUUCAAUAUAGUUUUAUAGUUUUACUUUUUUGAAAAGUUUUUUAGAUGUUUUUUUCGUAAGAGCUCGGAUAGACGGAGAGGGCAUUUCGCUGAGAAACCUUCAAGAAACAGAAAUAACAUUAUUUUUGCGCUUAACCCACUUGUUUAGGAGCUAUUUAGCAAAGUUAAGGCAAAAAUUGACCAAUCAGUGAGCGUGAUUCCACUCACGCGCAUAUUGAUUGGCUAAUACUGAUUGAUAGAUGGCUUAAUUCACUUUUAUAUCUGUUGAUUUUUCCUUUAAAUUCUGCUAAUCAAUUGGGGCUUCAUUAAGUCACGUGCACAAAUAAGUAAAGUCAGUCACUGCAUGUCCCUUGAUUAGCGACGUGAACACGCUUCGUGUAGCAAACCUCUGGAAGCACUAUCCAGGGCAGGACCUUCUGGCACCAGGCUCCUCGAAAUGCUAGUUUUGCUGCUCUUUACUUAACAAUAUAUGAAGGUAUGACUCAUUUUUCAGUGAAAUGCCCAUCAUCGAUAUCCAAUACUUUGUGUUAACCAAUCCAUUGAUUUUUUAAGCAACAGUCUAACAUUAAAUCGUAACUAGUGCAUCUGCAAUUUCUAGAGCCCCACACCCCCACCCCCACGUCCCCAAUAUCUGUCCAACUGUACUAUGUUUCCUCUAUAACUGUGUACUGAUCAAGAGGCAAUACAAUGAGCACCCCCCCCCCAAUAUGAAUUUCAUUCCUACGGCACUGUUCCUUUCGUCUUCCUUUCAAGGUUUUAAGUGGGGAAAGUACCCUUUUAUAACCUUCAACACAGAAUCAUAGUUAAAAAAAUGUAAUCAUUCUCUGUUGCCAAAGGCCUUUUUAUUUUGAUAUACAUAUUACUGGUCAAUAUCAAUCCUGUUAACAUUUCGUACAUUGCUGUUUUUAAGAUUAGUCAAUAGCAAUCUUGUUAACAUUUAUUUGAAGCCAGGGUUGUGCUGUUAUUUCUGUAGUACUGAAUUUUAACUGUAAUAUUGACAAUAAAGACAUAGGAAAGUAUACAGAGGCACACUAAACAUAGAAAAGUAAUUAGAUUCAAAGCUAUAGCUAUUUUUGUAUCUUGCAGAAUCGGAUAUCGUUUAUGCCUAAGUCUUGUAAAUUUAAGCUACUAUGUUUCUGAAAAGAAACGAAUAGAUUGUAUAAUAUAUUUCUAUAUUGGAAA